UAAGUACAGCCUGACGUUUGGGUAUCAUGUGAAUGUUUCAGUUCCCAUGGUUCAGUGUGUGAGCUGAUUGCCCCACCCCGUUUUUCUCUCUCUCUCUCCUCUCAGUAGAGCUCAAUACAAAUCUAUGAGAAAUACAACACAGAAAAUCAAAAAUAGAAUUGCAGACCAGGGAAGCCAUUGCUGGGGAUCGGCUGACUUCCCUGCCUGUUCGUUUGGGGAAUCAUUUCCCAGGAACAGGAAGGAAAAUAAAGAAGUGAGAAUAGUUCGGAAAUGUAAUGUGAAAAAAAGAAUCAGAAAAGGGGCCUUGGACUGGAAAAAACACCACCAUUAAGAAGAGGAGGAGGAAGAAAAAAGAAAAGAAAAGACAGGGGGGAAACAAAAUUGAAGAAAAAUCCUGCAUUGCUCCUGCAAAUACAGGGAACGUAACCUUUGGGGAUUUUAGAAAUCCAUAGCAUUAUUGGAUCCAUAUGCCUUGGCGUUAGAGGAUUUUUGAGUGGAGCGAAGUUUGGAUUAUUUUGUGUCAAAAUUACGGAUUCUGUGGGUUGCUUCUGUUUGGAAUAUAUUUAUUUUUUCUUCCCCUCACUUUUUUUGUUUAAGUUUUGCCUUAUUCUUUUUCUUUUUAAUUUAUUAGUAUAAUAAAGCGUUUCAAACACCCUGUCAAGAAAAGCUGCAUCGAGGAGAGAAAAAGCAACAGGGCGGCCCGGGCGUCGUCAUCAUCCUGCUCUACUGAUUUGUGUUUCUAGGUUUUUAUUUACUGAAUCUGUUGUUGUUGCAUAAGUCUUUAAACAAAACAUCGUGUUUGGAUUAAAGCUGCUGUCAGAGGAGGUUGUAAAACUCGUCGGCAAUCAUAAUGGGUUGUUUAGGGAACAACAAGACUGAAGAUCAGAGGAAUGAAGAGAAAGCUCAGAGAGAAGCGAAUAAAAAAAUCGAGAAACAGCUUCAGAAAGACAAGCAGCUUUACCGGGCAACUCACCGGCUUCUGUUACUGGGUGCUGGUGAAUCCGGUAAAAGCACUAUUGUCAAACAGAUGAGGAUUUUACAUGUCAAUGGAUUCAAUGCAGAGGAGAAGAAGCAGAAAAUUCAGGAUAUUAAAAAUAAUAUUAAAGAAGCUAUAGAUACAAUAGUAACAGCAAUGAAUACUUUGGUACCGCCUGUUCCUUUAGCAAAUCCAGAAAACCAAUUCAGAGUCAACUAUAUUUUAAACUUCGCUAAUCAGAAAGAUUUUGAGUUUUCACAAGAAUUCUAUGAACACACGAAAACCCUUUGGCACGAUGAAGGUGUAAGAGCGUGUUAUGAAAGAUCUAAUGAAUAUCAGUUGAUUGACUGUGCACAGUACUUUCUAGAUAGGAUUGACACAGUCCGACAGAGUGACUACACGCCUAGUGAUCAGGAUCUUCUACGAUGCAGAGUUCUGACGUCAGGGAUUUUUGAAACCAGAUUUCAAGUCGACAAAGUAAACUUCCAUAUGUUUGAUGUUGGAGGGCAGCGGGACGAGCGAAGAAAAUGGAUCCAGUGUUUUAAUGAUGUGACUGCUAUCAUAUUUGUUGUGGCCAGUAGUAGUUACAACAUGGUUAUACGAGAAGACAAUCAAACCAACCGUCUUCAAGAAGCACUGAAUCUCUUCAAGAGUAUCUGGAACAACAGGUGGCUGCGGACCAUUUCUGUAAUACUUUUUCUAAAUAAACAGGAUCUGCUGGCAGAAAAAAUAUUGGCAGGAAAAUCCAAAAUUGAAGACUACUUUCCAGAAUUUGCUCGCUACACUACACCAGAUGAUGCAACACCAGAACCUGGUGAAGAUCCCAGAGUAACAAGGGCCAAGUAUUUUAUUAGGGACGAGUUUUUGAGAAUCAGCACAGCGAGUGCAGAUGGACGGCACUACUGCUACCCUCACUUCACUUGUGCAGUCGAUACAGAAAACAUCCGCAGGGUGUUCAAUGACUGUCGGGACAUUAUUCAACGAAUGCACCUUCGUCAGUAUGAGUUGUUGUGAUCGAGAGCACUUUUUUCUGUUUUGGACUCCUUAUUCUUCAUUUAAAAAAACAUACUUGCCCAUAUAGGGUGGAAGAGAACUGGUGCAAGCUAUCUGAACUGCACCCCUCCACUUUUCUCCCUACUGGACAAUAGCAGCACUUCCAGCUUGCAUCUGUCUCCUCUGGACAGCACGAGAUGGCAUCUGACUUUAAUGGCCAUUUUCGUGACAUAUCCCAAAACAACUACAUUAUUAACAGAACAGUUCAUAAAGUCAAGACCAUGAACCUGAAGGACCUAGGGAUUUUAAAAAUGAAAAACACAAUUGGGGAAGCAGCAUAACAUGGUAGUUUCUGUUGUGGGCACAUUUACAUAAACCAUGAUACUGACUAUAUAUCUAUUCAGUGCAAACAAUGAAAGGAGGUGCAAGUCACAGGCCACGGUUCAGUGUGAGAUCUCUGCGGUGGAUUUCACAGACGUAAUAAGGCCUGGAGAAGAGGAGUCAGUCCUGCAGCAGAUUUGGACAGAACAAAACCCUAACACCAUUCAGGGCGGUGUUUUUAACCCAGAGAUGGCAAAUGGUGGACUUUGGGUACAAGAAAUAGAACUAUGUAUGGCCUAAGACUGUAGAAAGAGUUAACCACACACUGUUUUCAUUUUGUCCACUGACUAUCCCUUCUGCUGUUUAAAUAAAAUAUAUAUAUAUAUAUAUAUAUAUAUAUAUAUAUAUAUGUAUGUAUGUAUAGAGAUAUAUAUAUAUAUUAUUAACUGGACACCAGUCCUUACAGUUUUCCCUCCCCUUCAUAUUUUUUUUUAUUUUACUGCUGGAUUAUUAUUCUUGUACAGACUGUAAAAUGUAUUAUUUUGUACAACUUUAUUGAAAAAAAAUAACUUGUAGAAGAUCUUUGUGCCUUGAUUAUGGCUGUACCUGUAAAAUGAGCUAAGAUGUAAGUAUGUUUGAUUGCGCUGUACAGCUUUGUCAACCCUAUCUGCAGCAUUAGCUCAGGGUAGGGAAAAAUUUAUCUGUAGUUUAGUUUUUUUCUGGUUUAUAAAAGAAGGAAAAUACUGUUUAGUAAAAAAAAAAAAAAAAGAAAAAAGAAAUUGAAAAGUACAAAUUGUGCAAAUUUAACCACUUUAAAAGUGAGGUCUUCAACAAGUGACCAGAUGUCGCAGCAUCAUGCUUUUUAAUUUUUAGCUUUAAUUCAUUUAAAUCUCUAUCCAAAUGCAAAACAUGGCUUGUUUCUACAUAAACCAAAUUUUGCUACAAAUUCUAAAUGUUAGUCCUUGGUCAUUCAUAGUCUUUCUUUUAAAAAGAAACAAGUAUUGGCAUCAUACAGGUGUGGUGACCACCCUAUAGAUUUUUACUUCCUGGCCCUACUAGCUGUCACCAUACUAUGUUGUAUUAAAAAUGGUGUACACCCCCUUUGUAUUUGGCCUCAAUUGCAGUGCCAUUUUUAUUUCUCUUUUAAUAAAGAGAUUCCUUAAACACUCUUGUUUAUAUUAACUAUAUAAGAAGCUUAAGGUGAAUAUGUUUGGAUUUUUGUUCUUAAACUUGAAUAAUUUAUGCAAAUUAUAUGCUGAGAACAAGAUGUGGUACAGUACAAGAAAAAGAGCAAAAAUCACUGUAGCAAUAAGAAAGCAUGUAAUUUUAGUAACUACUACACUGCUUUAUAUUUUAUACCUAGGUGUUUAAUGUCUCUGUAUGUUACCUUUUUCAUGUGUCAAAACCUACGUGUACAAUUUGUACAAAGUCAAAAAUUACAGUUGUAAUAACAGACCUAGCAAAGUGUUAGCUUAUAUUACUCACCCCCAUGAAAAAUGUCAAUCUGGUUUAUCCUACAGGAAACGGAAAAGUUUUCCUCCAUACCCAGACAAACUUUUUUCACAAAGCAUCCUUUUGCUAGUGUUGAGUGUAUACCAUUUUAAACAGAGGUACCAAAAUUAUGAUUUGGAUAACAUGUCUGAAAGAUUAACUAUAGGUACCAGAUAUUUGUUCAUAAGAAAAUGUUGCAUUUUGAUUAUCAGAGUAAUCUUUGUUUUAAGCAGAUACAACAUUUGAUCCCUUCCAGUAUCUUGUCUGGCGUGCACUAUUGGAAGGUGCUUAUACUAAUUUAAUUUUCGUUGCACCAGUCAACAUUUAUAAAUAAAAUAAUUGUCAGACAAUGCACUAAAACAGGCCUGACUGCAUGUUAAAUGUGUAUACCUCAUAACUUGACUGCUGUUGCCCAAUAAUAGUUCAAUUAUAUCUUGACAAAUAUUCAAGUAUUUUAAAAUCAAAUAGCAGGCAGAUCAUGGAAUUUGAGACUACAUGUAAAUUGCAUGUAAUUCUUAAAUAUAUCUGGUAUCUGUAGUUUUAAUCUUGCAAGUUGUAUUUAUCAAUAAAAUAGUCAGAAAACUAAUUAAAGUACCCUCUUAGAACAAGCCUUAAUUUUGGUUCAAACUAAAUUUUAUAAGUCCGUGCCAAACGUAUUUUUAUUAUCUUUAUAGGCCUUGAAGGGUUUGAAGCACCAAAUAUAUGAAACCAAUAAAAAUAAAGGAAGUUUAAGGUA